AGUUAAUUGAGCCACUGCUCUGGCAGGGAGCCGGAAUGGGUCUUUGUCUUGCGCCUUACAAUGGCGUGUGGUAUAUGUAUCAUGUCUGGGUCUUCAAAGGAGAGGCCUGGAAGCUCGCAGCUUGAGCCAGGAUAUAAGUUUGAGUCGAGAAGGUAGAUCACUGCCAAGAAAUCGGGGUCUUUUAGUGCCUGUGGAUUCAAGGAGCUGAGAUUUACCCCUGGAGAAGGAAAAACCAAGUUUUGAUAGCGGUAGCAGUAGUAGCAGCGGUAGCAGCAGCAGCAGCAGCAGUGGUAUGGCCAUCUCGCCGGUGCUUGAUAUCCAAUUGCCCAGAGUUCCUACGCUGUUUCGAUGCCCCAUCUCGCUGGAGCUCAUGAAGGACCCGGUGACGCUGAGCACCGGCUUGACUUACGACCGGAGCAGCAUUGAGAAGUGGUUUGAUGACGGCCACCACACCUGUCCCGGAACCAUGCAGCUGGUGAAAGUCCGCGACUUGGUCCCCAAUCACACGCUCCGGAGGCUCAUCCAGGAGUGGUGCGUCGCCAACAAGUCGAGAGGCAUCGAGAGAAUUCCCACUCCAAAGCAGCCCCUGGACGACGAGCAAGCCGGCCACCUCGUCCGCCAAAUCUCCUCCGCGGAGCUCUCGGGACGCGCAAAGAGCCGGCUCCUCCGGAACCUCCGAGCGUCGUGCAAAGAGAGUGACAAGAACCGGAAGUGCAUUGCCGGUGCCGGGGCGAUCCCGGCGUUGAGCGGCUUGGUGUCUUCGUUCCAGCCCAGAAUAAGUUUCGACAGGCCUUCGAAUCUAGAGGACCUCCAGUGCUGCGAGGACGCGGUCGCAGUUCUCGUAAUUCUGCUACCACUCGAGAUCGAAAGUUUGAGAAAGUCCAUCAUCAAUCCGUCGCUGCUGGCUGUUUUAUCCUGGAUCCUCCACCGACGUAACACCGAAGGCCAGAUCAACGCUGCCCGCCUGCUCGAGCUUGUGGCGACUGACGAUGAAUCCAAGUCGAUGAUGGGAGCGACUGAGAGGUUGAUACCGGGACUUGUCAAGCUUGUCAAAGAGGACAGUGCGUAUCCGCGAGCAGUCAGGGCGAGCCUGACCGCGUUGCUGGCCAUCGUCUCCUGCCGAAAGAAUCUCGUAAAGGCUGUCCAAGGUGGUGUGGUGCCGCCGUUGAUAGAACUCCUCUCCGAGGCCAGCCGACUCAACACCGAAAGAGCUCUGGCUGUGCUCGAGUUCGUGGCCAGAUGCGCAGAAGGACGGGAAGCUUUGAUGGAUCACAGUCUGUCAGUGCCGAUGCUGGUGAAGAUAAUUCUCACGGUUUCGGAUCUGGCGUCAGAGCGAGCAGUCGGGAUCCUGUUGUUGAUGUGCCAAGCUGAUGACUCUGUCGUCCAAGCAGCUGCCAGCGAAGGUGCUUUUACUCAGAUGAUUCUUCUCAUCCAGGCCGAUAACACUUCGGAGACCAAUCACCGGGCCAGACAGUUUCUUAAGUUGCUUCGCGGAGCUGUUCCUCGAGAGUGCAUGCACGACUUUGCCUUCACAAUGCCGUUUUGAAAAGCAGCUAGCUUUUAGGAUGCCCAGUGGUAGAAGAAACACGGAAUCACAGAAAGUUUGGAACCCCCAAAACCUGUAUAAACAAAAGGAAAACACACAAGUUUAUUCUUACUUUCACUGUGCCAAAAGAGAACCAUACCAUUUCUUUCAAUUCCAAACGUACACCCAUUAGAAGUCCUGCACAACAAGCCAACAGGACAAAUCAACUCUAGACCAAUGUUAACGCUAAGAAAAAAAGAAUCGAAGGCGAAUUACCCGGUCAAAG